GGGAGGGAGGCAGAAAGACAGUGUUUCUUCAAUAUGGAACUUACAAUGGAGAACAUCGGCAACAUGCAUGGCGUCUCGCAUUCGCAAGCGGGAGAAUUGAUGAACGCGUCGCACGGGAGACCGUCAUCAUCAGCGUCCCACCGGAACCUGGUGUCGCACGGGCGCUCGGCGAUGGUCUCCAGCAUGGCUUCAAUCCUGGAAGGCACCGCCGGCGAGUACCGGCCCGAACCAGCACUAUCGGGCCACCUGCACCCAGCGAUGAGCAUGUGUGAGUCGGGCAUGAGUUUGUCCAACACAUACACGACGCUCACUCCGCUUCAGCAUCUGCCCCCUAUCUCGACUGUGUCGGACAAGUUUCACCACCCGCACCCGCACGCGCACCACCACGCCGCGCACCAGCGCCUCGCCACGGGAAACGUGAGUGGAAGCUUUACGCUCAUGCGAGAUGACCGCGGCCUGGCCUCCGUCAGUAACCUGUACGGACAUUAUCCUAAAGACAUGUCCGCCAUGGCGCCGCCCUUGUCGCCGCUGUCCAACGGGCUUGGUUCUCUGCACAACUCUCAGCAGGCUCUGUCCGCAUACGGGCCGAGCGCGCACCUCGCCAACGACAAGAUGCUCUCUGGCGGCUUCGACUCCCAUGCGGCGAUGCUCUCGCGCAGCGAGGAGCACAUAGCCCGCAGCCUGGGGGGCCACGGACACGGCAUGAUCUCCAACUUGAACGGCAUGCACCCUCACGGACACCUGCACUCGCAGGCUAACGGAUCCAUGUUGGCCGAGCGCGAGAGACACGCGGCCGCGGGCGGGCAUGGCGUCGGCGGGAGCGGUGGUGGCUCAGGCCAAGUAGAGGAGAUCAACACGAAGGAAGUGGCUCAGCGAAUAACGGCCGAACUGAAGCGCUACAGCAUCCCGCAGGCCAUUUUCGCGCAGAGGAUCUUGUGCCGCUCGCAGGGCACCCUGUCGGACCUGCUGCGCAACCCGAAGCCCUGGAGUAAGCUGAAGUCCGGUCGCGAGACCUUCCGGAGGAUGUGGAAGUGGUUACAGGAGCCCGAGUUUCAGAGGAUGUCCGCGCUCAGGUUGGCCGCCUGCAAAAGGAAGGAGCAAGAGCAGCACAAAGACCGCAACCUGGCGCCCAAGAAGCAGCGGCUGGUCUUCACUGACCUGCAGCGGCGCACGCUUAUCGCCAUCUUCAAGGAGAACAAGCGGCCCAGCAAAGAGAUGCAGAUCACCAUUUCGCAACAGCUCGGACUGGAGCUCUCAACCGUGAGCAACUUCUUCAUGAAUGCCCGCCGUCGCUGUGUGGACCGUUGGCACGAAGAACCCAGCACCAGCCCUGGCCAGCCUGGCACUUCAGCCACCACCUUUUCCAAGGCUUGAACAUCCAUCCAAACUCAUACACUGAAACCUGCUGGGCUGGGCAGGGCUGAUACUGGAUGCCCUGUUUGUUGGACACCAGACGCCCAUGACUGAUGAUAGGAGUGUCGGUGGGCCCUGUCUUUUAUCCUGGGUUUUUAUUUUUAUUUAGAUUCUAAAAUUUCACUUUAGGAUGCAAUGAAUGGAAGUUUUUUUUUUUUUUUUCAAUGACAUUUCUCGUUUUCAUGUCAUUUGCCCAAGAAGGCCUAAGGCCUGGUCUGAGGGGAGGCUUGAUAUUUAAGCCUUAAGCCUUCAGUUCUCUUUGCCCUUCAUUUUUUUUUAAAGAGUUGCACCAGGUGAACCAGGAUUUGUUUUUGUCUCUUAACUAGGUAGUAACAAAUAAGGGAGAGAUGGCAAUAAGUGUCCUGGCGCGUGCCCCAUAGGCUAGUUCUCUGUGAUCAAUCAGUAGUUCUGCUCAAAAUCUUUAAUCAUAUUCGUGUGUUUUGUUUUUUUUGUACAAAUUUGAUCUUCAGAGUCGUGGUGACGACUGGCUGCGAGAAUUUACACGAAAAUGGAGUUUUGCGCGUUACAAUCAUGCCUCAGACGCGCCACUCGUCUAAAUUCUCUGGCCACGUUUCCAGUCCCGAUUUUCUCGAUCGCGUCUCGGUUUUGUUCACUGCCAGCGUGGCGCCGUGCUCUUGCUUCAGCACAACGACAAAAGGGAUGGGGGAAAGAAUCAAUCAGUCCUCUGAGCCGGCGCCUACAGAAUCAUUUUUAUUUCUUUCUUUCUUUUUUUUUUUUUCACGCCGGGCAGAGCGCUCCUCAACCUCAUGCACAGAGCAACGGCGCCACCUCCUGGACAACAACCAACACUCACCUUCGUCUUUUAUUUUCCUGCAGUCCUGCAGUCUGAUAGUCUCACCAGUGUUAUGGGGGCCAACCAAAGUUUCACAACGCCCAAAUGCCAAAUAAUCUCUUUUUCUUUUUGGUUGUUGUUGUUGUUGUUGCUAUUGUAGUUUUUGCAUGAGUUUUGAUAUUUGUAUCCAAAGGAUUUAUUUUCCUCUUUGAUUUACCAAAGAUAAAAAAUAAGAAGAAACAAUCAUAAAUCAGAGGGAGUAGGGUAGAGUUCAGCUGCUGCUUGCUUUCUCCUGUGCAUGGAGGAAGGCAGUGUCUAGUGGCCAAACGUGAAGGUAAAAUGUCACUGUAUGAUACGAUUGAGUGCCAAUGACAGAUGCCUUAAUGAUAAUCACGGAGGACGGUGUGGCUCCGAGCCGCUCCAUCCUCCCCCCCCAAAAAAACCCCUCUCGUCCCUCCCUCCAGUCUCUAAACUAACAGAGGAACCGACAAAUCAUGCAAAGCCGCUCAUUCUCAACAUGAAAGCGUGUUGAAAUAACGUCACAAGGUUAAAACCAUACCAAAAAUAUGAAAUGUAAAUAUUUUCUCUUCUUUCUGUCUUCUUUCUUUCUUCUUCCUUGUUCCCUACCCCUCUCCCCAACCUCCUUUCUCACCCCCACCUGUCUUCUUCUUCUUCUCUUUUCCUCUAUAAUAAUGAUGCGGGUAUUUAGUACCAUAGACACAAAGUUUCUAUUCAGUGUAACUCUUUGUGCUCUGUUGUGCAUAAACUACAAGUGAAGAAGCACCUUGUUAACGAAGUUGCGGAACAAACAAACUCUGAGAAAGACAAAUUGGAGGAAUCAGAGACAGACAAAUAAAGGGUUGUUGUGUAUACCGGAACAGGACAAUGUUUGUGUGGGGGAAAAAAUUGGACUCCUGAGACUGGAGCGACCUCUGAACUUCAACCUCUCUGAGAUCAGAUCUGUAAUGGCGCCAUGGCUGUUGGAGGAUUGUUUUGGUGUGAAAACUCUACGCCAUCGGGCUGGAUGCUGGAUUAUGUUGAGUUUCCCAGUGACUGUCACUGACAUACCUGAAAUUUUACUUUUAGAAUUAGAGUGUGAAUGUAUGAAAAGGCCAAAGUUAUAUUUGUAGCAUCAAAAACAGGAAAUUGAGAAAGUCCACACACACACACACACACACACACACACACACACACACACAUACAGAAAUCAAGUGAUCAGUGAUUAGUGACCAAGUCUAG